AUGAUGGACGUGCAUAUCUCGAGCGAACAUCAACAAUCAUUAUCAUGUAAAUAUUUACCAGCAUCCUGUUUUUACUGCUACGUGCCUUCAUCUCAAUCGCUUCAAUCACCAAUAUCAAAUGUACAAUCCGUUGUCACGUCAAGAGAACAGAUUCAAUCAAAUCCAACACCAGAUCCAUAUCUAUAUAAUCAAAAUCAAUGGAGUAGUUCACAUGCUAUUAGGAAGUCUUUUGAAACAAUACCAGUAUCAAGCGAUGAUAAUAGGAUCAUGAACUUUGAGCGAUUUAGAUCGCGGAAACGCAAAACAUAUCGACAUAUCGAUGGAACACUAUCCUUCAAGAAGUCAUCGCCUGUACUUCAAUAUUAUGAUACUAUUGACAAAAACCAACAGCCACAGAUUGUGACUUUAGUCAAUGAAUUUUGUCAUAUUUUACGGAAUCGCAUCACGACGAUAACUGCGAAGAAACUGACUGAUUUAUUAGAUAAAAUUACACCUGUAAUGAAAAAUUUAUUUAACUCCAAUGAUCAAGAACAACAACAAUUACCCAUUCUGAUUGAUAUUCUCAAUGCACUUCUCAAUGUUCAUGCAACAGUGUUAAUAUCUGUUUCAGAAAAUAAAUUUUUUUCUUUACUUCAAACAAUCCUUAUCACAUUAUUAAAUCAAUGGCGUUCUCUUCCAUAUUUACCCAAUGAUGAAUUCUAUGUGUUUCGUCUUAUAGUUAAAUUAUUGAAUAUAUUAACCCAUAGUAACAAUCUCAUUCCAUCAGGAUUAUAUGAUUCUACAUUACUCGAAACGAUUGCUAACUGCAUUACAGACAUAGCUACUUCAGAGAAAUUUCUCGAUACUAAAAAUAAACAUCAAUUCAGAUAUUUUACACAUUUAAUUGAUGCAUAUACUUUAUAUCAAGAAAUCUCAAACGAUCAUAAUCAGUCUAAUAAAGACAUAUUCAUCAAAUUACUUCAUCCAAUUUCACAGUGUCUUACUUCGAAUCAGUUCAUUCAUAUUUUUAUGAACCUAUCAAUAAAUUCUAACUCUAUGACAGCAACAGAAAAAUUCUUUCUUCUCAUAUGUCCAAAAUUUCUCAUUUCGUAUAAAGGAUCUCAUCUUGAACAAACAAUGAAGACUUUACUUCCAGUCAUGUUACCUCAAUAUCUAAAAGUAUUAGACAAAUUUGUUCCCUCAGCACAUAAUUGGAAUCUAGCAAUGCUUCGAUCUAUAGAACAUUUACUAAGAAUUAUCAAUCAUGGAGCAGAUCAUUCUCCAACAAAUGCAAAACUCAUCAGUAAUUAUCUACCAUUGAUUACUCAUAUAUUAAACCUAUUAAAUGAACCAAAAUUCUAUAACAAUCUUCAUCCAACAUUAUCAAAUCCAGUAACAAAACUGAUAAAUACAUCUAUCAGUUUUCUUGUGAAUAUGAUUAAAGAACCUACAAUACUUGCACAUAUAAAACAAUCUCAUGCUGCACUUAGUUUUCUUCGUUUAACCUCAUGUCAAAAUGAGAAGUUGAUAUUAAAUGUUUAUACUCUUCUUGCAUAUACAACACA